AUGCCCAACCACCUUCAAGAAGGCAAAGAAGUCAACUUCAUAACCUUUUCCAUUAUCAGUAGCAGCAGUGGACGAAUCGAGACAAUAAAAAUACAGGUAGGAAUUUAUCUACUUGCCUUUCAACCUCAGAGCAUUCAGUUCAGGUACCGCAGCGGUCGACGACUUGGCUGGGGCAGAUCUUCACUCAUUAUCCUUCUUCGAACCUUUUGGUAUGUAUUGCCCCCUAACUAUAGAUCAGAUCCAGCAGACGAGAAAGAAAAUUCCGCACUGCUGCUGAGUCGUCGGACUUAUCCACCAAGGGAUUCGUGGAAUUUCUCGCCCCCUUUUGGGUAUGCAGGUACUAAGAGUCCUCUCACUACCAACCAGCAGACAUCAUCUGGCUGGGUCUUGCCGGGGAGAUCGGAGCAACAGGUAACGCCUAGACGACGUUUUCAUUCCUGGGCUGCAGUAAGUAGAUCGAGAGGUCGUUUCGCCCCUUGUCCCCGAAUAUGGGUAAUAUGUUCUCAUACAAUGUUGCUCCAAUCUGACCUAGCUGGCGAGCGAUCCCAGUUCGCGACAGAGAACAAGACAGCAAGCGAGCGUACCUUUGUUCGCUUCUUCUCCACCAAGCACGGAAGUUUAAGGAUAACUGUAGGUCGGUGGCUACCUAAGGAAACUCCGAUUCGAUCCGCCCCCCGGCUGGGAGGCAUCUACCUCAUCCCGAUCACAAGGAGAGGUUCACUAUGA